UCUAUUGCAUCUCUCUAUCCUCUGACUUCAACCUAGACAGAAUCCACACCCUCUCUCUUUCUCUCUCUAAGAAAUUUGUGGGCAUGAACUAGAUCAUGACUCUUCUUUGAUACUUAUCCAACCACUUUCUAUGUCCCCAUUAAACCAAGUUUCUUCUUAUUCCAUAGCCAAACCCCACACCCAUACAUAGAAGACUCACUUCUUCUAAAGAGUACAAAGAAAAGCUCGAAGUUAUUAUUAUAUAACUAAUAAUGGAUCAAGUCACCUCCAAUGUUGAUGAUGCAGUUGCACAUUCUUCUCAAGUCAUGUCGUUUAAUGGUAAACGACUAAUCAUGGAUGAGAUGGAUUUCUUUGCAGAAAAGAAGUCAAGUCCAGUUAUUAGUGAUCAAAUGGUGCACCAAAUGGAGCUUCAUGUUGAUACUAGUUUAGAUCUCCUCACAAAGAUUUCCCCAAGCAACAGACUAACUGUGGAAGAUGAGGCAUUGGAGGCCAAGGAUGAUAAGAGAAAUGAGUAUGAAGCAUUGCUAGCUGAAUUGCACCACUUGAAUGCUGAAAAUCAACGCUUGAGAGAGCUGGUUGAUCAGGUCAACAAUGACUACAGUGCCCUAUACAAGCAUAUUAUGAAGCUGAUGCAGAAACAGCAGACAAAUGAUGAGAAGGGUAAGAGAGAUGGUGUGAUUCCAAGGCCAUUUUUGGACAUUGUUGGUUUUGCUGAAAAGGAACAUGAGCCUUCUCAGAAGAUUGCUGGCACAAGUGGAGAUAUUGUUCAGUUGGACACAAAUGAAAUCAAGAAAUUGAGUUCUGCAAGGGAUGUUGAUCAAACAUCCGAAACCGUGUCAAUGAUCAAGAAAGCUCGCGUAUCUGUUCGAGCAAGAUCAGAAUCAUCAAUGAUUCCAGAUGGAUGUCAAUGGAGAAAGUAUGGGCAGAAGAUGGCAAAAGGGAAUCCUUGUCCUCGAGCUUAUUAUCGUUGCACAAUGGGGACUGCUUGUCCAGUUCGUAAACAAGUACAAAGGUGUGCUGAAGAUCGAAGUGUGUUAGUCACAACAUAUGAAGGGCAACAUAACCAUCAACUCCCUCCCACUGCCAAGGCAAUGGCAUCAACCACAUCUGCAGCUGCAUCAAUGCUUCUUUCAGGAGCAAUGCCAAGUGCAGAUGGCAUAAUAAACCCAACCAUACUAGAAAGUGCAUCACUUUCUUGCUCACAAAACGUGGCAACCCUCUCUGCUUCAGCUCCAUUUCCUACUAUCACAUUGGAUCUCACUCAAAGUUCUACCAGCUCCUCACAGCUACAAGGGUCACUACAGAGCCAACUCAAUCUCCUUCCCCCACUUUUGGCUCAGAAGUUUAUGUCAGCUCCAAACACUUUUGGACAUAAACUUCAUCAUUUGCAGGGAAUAGAGACAUCUUCAUCAUUGGCAGACACGGUUAAUGCAGCUGCUGUUGCUAUCACUGCAGACCCAAAAUUCACAGCAACUCUUGUGGCUGCCAUAACAUCCAUCAUUGGCAAUUCGCAUUCAAAUAAUUGUGGUACAAGUAGGGAUCCAGCCGUGCAAUAAUACAUAAGACUAAUUUUAAUUAUUAGUGUCACUUGCAUUGGAAUGAGUAAAUGAUCAUUUUCCUAGGGUAGUUAUUGAAAAUUUCCAACAUUGCUAUGCAUUAGAUGGAUCAUAUAUUGAUCCAUUUUAUUAUUUGAACUAUGAAUAAACAUCUGCAAUUUAGAAA